AUGCAUAAUGUUUAUUAUCUUUUAGUUUCCAAAACAAAUUUAUCAGUUCAUGAAGACAAGAACAGGGUUCCAUUUGUUAAAGGUGCUACAGAACGAUUUGUAUCAAGUCCAGAGGAAGUAAUGGAGGCGAUAGAUGAAGGCAAAGCAAACAGACACAUAGCAGUAACAAAUAUGAAUGAGCAUAGUUCACGCAGUCACAGCAUCUUCCUAAUCCAUGUUAAACAAGAGAAUGUAGAAACACAGAAGAAACUGAGUGGAAAGUUGUAUUUGGUGGAUUUAGCUGGUAGUGAAAAAGUUAGUAAAACUGGUGCUGAGGGAACAGUGUUAGAUGAAGCUAAAAAUAUUAAUAAGUCACUGUCUGCAUUAGGUAAUGUUAUCUCGGCACUGGCAGAAGGCACUAAAACUCACAUCCCUUAUCGAGAUAGUAAAAUGACCAGGAUUCUCCAGGAAUCUCUUGGUGGUAAUUCUCGUACAACUAUCAUCAUCUGCGCAUCUCCUGCAUCUUACAACGAGGCAGAAACAAAGUCAACGUUAAGUUUUGGUCAGAGAGCCAAGACUAUUAAGAACCAAGUUUCUGUCAAUAUAGAACUGACAGCUGAAGAAUGGAAACGCCGAUACGAGAAAGAACGAGAUAAGAAUGUUAAACUACGCAAUCAACUGAAUCGGCUAGAAAACGAGCUUCUCCGGUGGAGGCACGGUGAGAAUGUUCCAGAAGAAGAACAGUUUGAAGAAAAUAAUGAUAACUUGCAAGAUCUUGCGCCAGAGAAGAAAGCUGAAGAAAUGAAUGUUGAAUCUAUGUCUUCAGGCGAAAGAAAUAAAUUUGAAGCUGAACAAAUUAAACUCUUUGAGCAACUAGAUGAAAAGGACUCUGAAAUUGACAGCCAAGCGCAAUUGAUUGAGAAACUGAAACAACAAAUGCUAGACCAGGAGGAACUGAUCGCAUCGUCACGACGAGAUUAUGAAACUAUCCAACAUGAGAUGUCCAGAUUACAGUCUGAAAGUGAUUCAGCCAAGGAAGAAGUCAAGGAAGUCCUACAAGCAUUGGAAGAAUUGGCUGUUAACUAUGAUGAAAAGUCAAAAGAAGUUGAUGAUAAAAAGAAAGAAAAUGAAAACCUUAAUGAAGAACUCAACACUAAAUCGACUACUCUUGACAAUACAGAAUCUGAGCUCCAGACAAUAAAAGCCAGCGAGGCUCAUCAAAAGAAACGUAUUAUGGAGAUGCUCGGUAGUCUAAUGAAGGAUCUUGGUGAGAUUGGUUCUGUAGUUGGUGGUAAUGCUGCUGAAAUGAAGAAGCCAUCACUUGAAAUCAGUGAUAAGAUGGAUGAAGAGUUCACUGUUGCCAGGUUGUACAUCACUAAAAUGAAAUCAGAAGUGAAAACAUUGGCACAUCGCUGUAAAUCGCUUGAAACAAACACCAGCACAUGUAAUAAAAAGAUUGAAGAAAACGAAGAGGAAUUAUCAUCUUGUAGAUUGCUGAUACAACAGCAUGAAGCAAAGAUGAAACAGUUGAGUGAAUCCAUGAAGGAUAUAGAUGCCAAGAAAAGAUCUCUUGAAGAAGCUGUUGAUAGUCUCAAUGAAGAGUGUGCUCAACUCAGAGCAAAAGAGGAAAUGAGAUCAUCAGCAUAUGAAGAAAAAGAAAAAGAACACGAAGGAUUACAGAAAUCAGCUGAAGAAAUGAAGAUGGCUCUUGAGAUGCAGAUGCAGGGUCACAGAGAGACUCAUCAAAAGCAACUAAACAGUCUACGGAAUGAAAUUGCAGAGAAAGAAGCAAUGAUUGAACAACUGAAAGAAACCAACCAGCAUUUGGCUCUUGCUCAUGGCAAAUUGCAGUCAGACUUUGAUAAAUUGAAACACGAAGAGGCAGAGAAGGCAUCUAGAUUGCAAGAGUUGACUCUACAAAUGGACAGACGUGAACAAGCUAAACAAGAUUUGAAAGGACUGGAAGAGACUGUGGCUAAAGAACUCCAAACUUUGCAUAAUUUACGAAAAUUGUUUGUUCAAGACUUGCAGAGCAGAGUCAAGAAGGCAAUUGAUGGAAGUGCAAAUGAUGACGACAGUGGUAGCAGUGCUGCUCAGAAACAGAAAAUUUCUUUCCUGGAGAACAAUCUGGAACAGUUAACCAAAGUCCAUAAACAGUUGGUACGAGAUAAUGCUGAUCUUCGAUGUGAGCUUCCAAAAUUGGAGAAGCGUUUAAGAGCUACAGCUGAAAGAGUAAAGUCUCUGGAGACUGCCCUUAAAGACGCUAAAGACAGUGCCAUGAGAGAUAGAAAAAGAUAUCAACAUGAAGUUGAUAGGAUCAAAGAGGCUGUAAGACAGAGAAAUAUGUCAAGAAGGACACAUUCUGCUGUUAUUGCCAAGCCAAUAAGACCAGGACAGCAUCACUCACAUGGUGUGCCACAUUCUAGUAUUCGUGGCGGUGGUAAUGUCAUCUCUCCCCAAGAUGGUGGAAUCCGAGGAGGUGUCAUGAGCCAAAACCAAAUGAACCAGAUGCAAAACCAGCGCAUCAUCAAUGCUUCGCCACAUAUGGAAAAGUCUAACAGUGACAACAACCAAGACCGACAUGGUAACCAAGCCAACCCUUCACCAAUCGUUCCUCCACCUUACCAUCACCAUCUUCAUCAGUUUCAUCCAUGAACUUUCCCGAUCCACUAAAAACCCCCAAAGUUUUAUCCGGACAGACCCCACUGCCAGUGAACCCAGGUUAUGUUCAAAACACAAUGGGCGGUUGGCAUACCGUGCCUGCGAGUCAAAGGUCAGCAGCCUUAGAGAACGCACAACUGAGUGCUGAUCCCAACAUG